AUGCUCCAGCUCCUUGCACCGGUGCAGGCCGAGCAGACUCUCAGCGGAGCCAAGCAGCUGUCCCCAGGAUCUCCCAGGAUCGUGUGCAAAGAAGUGUGUAUGGGCGAUGCGCUGCUAGAAGCACCUAGUGAAAAUGCCCAGGAACAGGCAGUGGUACCAGGAAUGCAACUGGACCACAUGCGAAAGGUCCUGCGUUUGUAUACUGGGACGUCCCUGAGCAUGCCAGCGGAGACUUCAAAAGGCCGGGCGGGCGCCAGGGCCCCAGCACCUAUGAGCCGCCCCCCGCGCCAAGAACCCUUGCGGCAGCCGGAGGACGCAGAGCGGUCGAGGGGCGCGGGAUCGGCGCUGGGGGCCCGAGGCACAGCAGCGGCGGCGCGCGGGGGGGGGUUUCUCUUCACCUGGAUCUUAGUCGCGUUUGCCUGUCACCUGGCCUCCGCCCAAGGAACUCCUGAAGAUGUGGACGUCCUGCAGCGUCUGGGUCUCAGAUGGACGAAGGCAGGAGCGGGCCGGAGCCCCGUGCCCCCAGGAGUCAUUCCCUUCCAGUCGGGCUUCAUCUUCACGCAGCGGGCCCGGCUCCAGGCGCCCACGGCCGCCGUCCUGCCCGCCGCCCUGGGCACAGAGCUGGCGGUCGUGCUGAGCCUCUGCUCGCACCGCGUGAACCAUGCCUUCCUCUUCGCUGUCCGCAGCCGGGAGCGGAAGCUGCAGCUGGGCCUGCAAUUCCUCCCUGGCAAGAUGGUGCUGCACCUGGGGCCCCGGCGCUCCGUGGCCUUCGACCUCGACGUGCACGACGGGCGCUGGCACCACCUGGCCCUGGAGCUGCGCGGCCGCACAGUCACCCUGGUCACGGCCUGCGGGCAGCGCCGGAUGCCAGUUCCACUGCCUUUCCACAGGGACCCGGAGCUGGACCCCGAGGGCUCCUUCCUCUUUGGGAAGAUGAGCCCACAUGCGGUUCAGUUUGAAGGCGCCCUGUGCCAGUUCAGUGUCCUCCCCGUGACGCGGGUCGCUCACAAUUACUGUACCCACCUGAGAAAGCAGUGUGGCCAGGCCGAUGCCUACCGGCCCCAGUUGGGACCCCUCCUCCCCCAGGACGCUGGCAGAUCCUCCCCCUUCCAGACAGACCUCGCCCGGCUAGGCCUGGAGAACUUGACCACUGUCACACCUGCCCUGGGGUCAAGGGCAGCAGGCAGGGGGCCCAGGGUGACUGUGGUGCCCACCAUGGCCACCAAGCCCCACAGGACUAGCCCCACAGACCCUCACCAGCAUCUCACAGCUGAAGCCCCAGCUCGGACCCCCCUGCCACCUGCCAAGCUCCCAGCGAGUAAAGCACUUCCCCGGCUGCUCCCAGCCUCAGUGGCUGCUUCAGCCAGAACUGCCCCCUCUGCGGCCUUGUGGAAGAUCACAGCCACCCAGAUGCCCCGAAGUCCCCCCACCAAGCCGUCAGCCCCUUCUGCUCCUGUUGUCCCUGCCCAAAACCCCCAUCGUGACCUUAAAACAGCUGCACCUUCAUCCACGAGGUCAGCCCCACCCACCCAGAAGCCAGUGCUGCCCACGUCCCUCCCAGCUCCUGCCAAAGUCUUGCGUCCUGCUGGGAAGCUGGGGCAGAGACCCCCACCACCCAGUGCCCAGCCCCUUCUUCCCACUGCUGGCUCCGUGAGAAAGCCUGUCCCCACAGUAGCCCAGACCGAGGCCAGGUUGACCAGUCGUGCCAGUAAGCCAGCCUCUGCCAGCACCAGCACCCACACAGCUCCCUGGACCACCAUUUUGUUGCCAUCUCCUGCCCCCCAUCCUGGCUCCACCAGGACCACUCAGCCACCAGCCUCUGUGGUACCUCCUGCCUUGGGCACCAGAACCCCCAGAACAGCACCACCCACCCUCGAUCCUGGCUCAGCCCCCACUGGAAGCAAAAAACCUACUGGAUCAGAAGCCUCAAAGGAAGCCGGACCUGAGAGAGGCCUCCGGAAGCCAGUCCCCUUCGGACCUGGGAAGGCAGCUGGGGACGCCCCUUUGAACCAUCCAACGACCAGGCCCAGCCCCAGACAGCCCCCGGCCACUCGGCACACCACCCCAGCCCUGGUGUUGGCCCCAGCACGCCUCCUGUCCUCCAGUCCCCGGCCCACGAGCAGUGGAUACUCAUUCUUCCACCUGGCAGGACCCACGCCUUUUCCUCUGCUGAUGGGGCCUCCCGGGCCCAAGGGAGACUGUGGUCUGCCGGGUCCCCCCGGGCUGCCUGGGUUGCCUGGCCCUCCCGGUGCACGAGGGCCUCGGGGUCCUCCUGGGCCUUAUGGAAACCCAGGUCUCCCCGGCCCUCCUGGAGCCAAAGGACAGAAAGGGGAUCCGGGGCUCUCUCCAGGAAAGGCCCACGAUGGAACAAAGGGUGACAUGGGCUUGCCUGGGCUCUCCGGGAAUCCAGGACCUCUGGGACGAAAGGGAUACAAGGGCUAUCCUGGACCGGCAGGGCAUCCCGGAGAACAGGGGCAGCCAGGACCCGAGGGCAGCCCAGGGGCCAAAGGUUACCCUGGCAGGCAGGGGUUACCUGGACCCGUAGGAGAUCCUGGGCCCAAAGGCAGCCGGGGUUACAUUGGUCUCCCAGGGCUCUUCGGCUUGCCAGGGGCCGACGGAGAACGAGGCCUGCCCGCCCACCCUCUGGAGCAGGCAGUAGGGGUAACCCUGCCUGGAGACGGGGGAGUGGAUGAGAUGCCUUCGGAGGUCUCCACAGCCCCGCAGCCUUCCAUGGACGUGGCAGUAGGGGUAACCCUGCCUGGAGACGGGGGAGUGGAUGAGAUGCCUUCGGAGGUCUCCACAGCCCCGCAGCCUUCCAUGGACGUGCUCUCGUGCCCUCAGGGGUUUCCUGGAGACUUUGGGGAGAGAGGCCCCCCAGGACUGGAUGGAAGCCCCGGAGAACUGGGCCUGCCAGGUCCCCCAGGAGUCCCGGGCCUCAUCGGUGACAUGGGAGCAUUGGGUCCGAUUGGUUACCCAGGACCCAAGGGCAUGAAGGGACUGACGGGCAGCGUGGGGGAGCCCGGACUGAAAGGUGAUAAGGGUGAACAAGGGGUUCCAGGUGUGUCAGGAGAUGCCGGAUUCCAAGGAGACAAGGGGAGCCAGGGGUUCCCGGGGUUGCCAGGUGCACGGGGGAGGCCAGGGCCUCUGGGCAAAGUCGGAGACAAAGGAUCUCUUGGGUUUCCUGGUCCCCCUGGACCCGAGGGAUUCCCUGGAGACAUCGGCCCCCCUGGGGACAAUGGCCCAGAAGGCACCAAGGGAAAACCUGGAGCUCGAGGCCUGCCUGGACCCCGUGGGCAGCUGGGUCCCGAGGGAGACGAAGGACCCAUGGGGCCACCAGGGGCCCCUGGCUUGGAGGGCCAGCCUGGCAGGAAGGGGUUUCCUGGGAGACCUGGCCCGGAUGGCUUGAAGGGGGAGCCAGGGAAUCCUGGACGACCAGGGCCCGUGGGCGAGCAGGGACUCCUGGGAUUCAUUGGCCUGGUCGGGGAGCCAGGAAUUGUGGGAGAAAAGGGAGACCGCGGCGUGAUGGGACCCCCAGGACCGCCAGGACCCAAGGGGUCGAUGGGUCAUCCUGGAAUGCCAGGUGGCGUCGGGAACUCCGGAGAGCCUGGACCCCUGGGUCCUCCAGGAUCUCGAGGUGCACCAGGCAUGAGGGGAGCAAAGGGACGCCGGGGCCCCCGAGGACCAGACGGACCAGCUGGGGAGCAGGGGUCCAAGGGCCAGAAGGGCCCUCCAGGACCGCAGGGCAGACCGGGCCAGCCUGGACAGCAGGGUGCGGCUGGAGAGCGCGGCCACUCAGGCCCGCGAGGCUUUCCUGGCAUCCCUGGUCCCUCGGGGCCCCCUGGCACCAAGGGCCUCCCAGGAGAACCGGGCCCUCAGGGAGCGCAGGGGCCAGUUGGCCCUCUGGGAGAGAUGGGACCCAAGGGGCCGCCAGGUGCAGUGGGAGAACUGGGCCUUCCUGGGGAAGCCGGUUUGAAGGGUGACCUUGGACCCCUGGGCACCCCUGGGGAGCAGGGCCUCAUUGGGCAGCGGGGAGAGCCAGGCCUCGAGGGUGACAGUGGCCCCAUGGGGCCCGACGGGAUGAAGGGUGACAGAGGUGACCCAGGGCCUGAUGGUGAACAUGGUGAGAAGGGCCAGGAAGGACUGACGGGUGAGGAUGGGCCCCCCGGCCCCCCUGGCAUCCCUGGUGUCCGGGGUCCUGAAGGCAAACCAGGGAAACAAGGCGAGAAGGGCCGGACUGGAGCCAAGGGUGCCAAGGGCUACCAAGGACAGCUGGGUGAGAUGGGCGUCCCUGGAGACCCCGGACCCCCUGGCACCCCAGGCCCUAAAGGGUCCCGGGGCAGCCUGGGACCAACGGGUGCUCCAGGACGGAUGGGGGCCCAAGGAGAACCGGGACUGGCUGGUUACGAUGGACACAAAGGCAUGGUGGGACCCCUCGGACCUCCUGGACCCAAAGGUGAAAAGGGAGAGCAGGGCGAGGACGGCAAGGCUGAGGGCCCCCCAGGGCCACCUGGAGAUCGGGGCCCUGUGGGGGAUCGAGGAGACCGCGGGGAACCGGGGGACCCUGGAUACCCUGGACAGGAGGGUGUGCCAGGCCUCCGUGGAAAGCCGGGUCAGCAGGGCCGACCAGGGCAUCCGGGACCCCAGGGGCGGCCGGGACCCAAAGGAUCAAAAGGCGAAGAGGGACCGAAGGGGAAGCAAGGCAAAGCUGGGGCACCGGGCCGGAGGGGGAUCCAGGGCCUGCAGGGGCUGCCGGGCCCCCGGGGCGUGGUGGGGAGACAGGGCCUCGAGGGUGCUGCUGGACCAGAUGGCUUUCCGGGUAGGGACGGCCAAGCCGGACCACAGGGGGAGCAGGGAGACGAUGGGGACCCUGGCCUCAUGGGCCCUGCUGGGAAGAGAGGAAAUCCAGGUGUGGCCGGCUUGCCUGGAGCACAGGGGCCCCCAGGAUUCAAGGGUGAAAGUGGGUUACCUGGCCAGCUGGGUCCUCCAGGCAAGAGAGGGACAGAGGGUGGAACCGGACUUCCUGGGAUUCGGGGGGAGCCUGGAUCCAAAGGUCAGCCGGGCGACUCUGGUGAGAUGGGCUUCCCAGGAAUAGCUGGUCUCUUUGGACCCAAGGGCCCCCCAGGAGAUGUCGGCUUUAAGGGUAUCCAGGGUCCUCGGGGACCUCCUGGCUUGAUGGGAAAAGGAGGCCUCAUCGGGCCCCUUGGAACCCUGGGACCUUCAGGACUCCCGGGUCCAAAGGGUGACAAAGGCAGCCGAGGGGACUGGGGAUUGCAAGGUCCGAGGGGUCCUCCUGGCCCGAGAGGGCGGCCUGGCCCACCGGGUCCUCCAGGGGGUCCUAUCCAGUUCCAACACGAUGACCUUGGGGCAGCUUUCCAGACAUGGAUGGACACAAAUGGAGCACUGAGACCAGAGGGUUCCAGCUAUCCGGAGCGGCUGGUGCUAGACCAGGGAGGGGAGAUCUUUAAAACCUUACACUACCUCAGCAACCUCAUCCAGAGCAUUAAGACACCCCUGGGCACCAAAGAGAACCCCGCCCGGGUCUGUCGGGACCUCAUGGACUGUGAGCAGAAGAUGGCGGAUGGUACCUACUGGGUGGACCCAAACCUCGGCUGCUCAUCCGACACCAUUGAAGUCUCCUGCAACUUCACACACGGUGGACAGACAUGUCUCAAGCCCAUCACGGCCUCCAAGGUCGAGUUUGCCAUCAGCCGGGUCCAGAUGAACUUUCUGCACCUGCUGAGCUCGGAGGUGACCCAGCACAUCACCAUCCACUGCCUUAACAUGACCGUGUGGCAGGAGGGUCCCGGGCGGACCCCAGCCAGGCAGGCUGUGCGCUUCCGGGCCUGGAAUGGGCAGGUCUUUGAAGCCGGGGGUCAGUUCAGGCCGGAAGUAUCCAUGGAUGGCUGCAAGGUCCAGGAUGGCCGCUGGCAUCAGACGCUCUUUACCUUCCGGACCCAGGACCCCCAGCAGCUGCCCAUCGUCAGUGUGGACAACCUCCCUCCUGCCUCAUCAGGGAAGCAGUACCGCCUCGAAGUUGGACCUGCAUGCUUCCUCUGACCUCUGACCUCUUGGCUCCUCUAGGCCUUGAGGGGAAGGGAAGAGGAGGAGGCAAGGGGAGGGCACUGAGGGGCAGGUGGCCCCAGGAGAGGCAGCCCCUGCCCAAGCCUCCUUGCACGAGGCCAGAUGUUCCCUGCCCAGUAAAAGUGGAUGGGGGAGGGUAGCAGGGGCCAGGUAUCCUUGGGAACAGCGGAUCCCAGCUUAGCUCCAAAGACCAACCAAAGAGCCAGCGAGAGCAAGCUGGACCUGCAACCCGCCUGAGCCGGUGGCCUGUCUCCCAACUCGGGGCCACUCCCUUCCCUCCCCAGCUUCCUGCCCAAAGAGCCCCAUGUUCCAGCCAACUCGAGGGAAGGGAGCGCCAUGUCAGCUCGUCCCAGCCAGGGAGUUUUUGAUGUGCAAUAUUAGAAAGGAGACAUGAAAAAAGGAGAAAAGGAAAGAAAGUAUAUAUAUAUAUUAUUUAAACAAACAAAAAGAAGGUGCAUUACCAUUUUUUUCACCUGGAGAAGAGGUGAGAGGAUGAGAAAGAGCAGCCAGGAGGUGGGAAGAGGCCAGGCCCUCGGGCUGGCGGUGCCAUCUUUGCUACCUCCCACUGUGAAAUCUUUGGUGCUCACAAUUGUCUCGUAGAGUAUGUGAUUUUUUUUAAGGGAAAAAAAAAACCUAUUUAAGAUUCUGAAGGUGCUACCAUUUUUGCCACAGACUUUGAAGAAACUUUCGAUGUUGGACGUCAUCCACAUCCUUCUCUAUCCUCCAAAUGACAGAGUUUGGGGAAUUAAAACAUUUUCCUAGCAUCACCUUUAUGCUUGUCAGGUGACUUGCUAAGGAGGAAAAUUGAAAAGAAAAAAGGAAAAGGGGGAGGGGAGAAGCUAAACAACAACAACAAAAAAAACCAAAAAAUUAAAAAAAUAAAAAAAUAAAAAUAAAACCAGAAACCAGAAGUAGAGAGAGUUACCUUUUAACUUAUGAACUUCGAAAUGCCUGUCCUUUCAAGGCAGUGGGGAGGCCGGGCAUGAAGCAUUUAGAGUGGGCCUUUUGUGGUCCUGGAGAGAGGAUGGGCUUGCCUUAGAAGGCAUGCCCCAGAGAGAGGCCCUGGGAGGAGCCUUGACCUUGACAAGUCUAGUCACAAGAGUGACCUUUGGUCAGGGCUAGCCUUAGAGAUGGAUCGUAAAUACCAAACUGUCUCGCAAAGCCACGGAACAUCCCCCAAGUUCAUCCCUUCUGGGAGACUGUCCUUUCAAGAUGCAAUCAUGGUUCUUGCUUUUUCAUUGCCCGUACAUCCUAUCAAACCUACUGUCAUUAGCUGCAAGUACAAACUUGGGCUGAGGCGAAAGAAGAAUUAUGCGGCCUCAGAGAUCAGCGCGAUGCUGACGUUCAGUGAGAUCUGAAUUGUACGCUAUCCAUGCACGAGUUGGAGCCUGAGGUCAUUUCAACUCUGGAAUUAUUUUUAUAGAAGGGGAAAAUGUAUGUGAAAGUCUCUGUGUGUGUAUUUCUCUUCUGAAGUUGUGUCUCUUUGGGAAUUCGAUUCGGUUUUCUCUAUUUAAUACCUCACUCUGGCCCACCCUCCCUCCCCAGACACUUCCUGUCCCCCUCGCCUGCUGCCCCAGCCCAGACGCCUCCAUGGAAGUGCAUUUCGUAGCAGCUGGGGCCUCAUCUCAGCCCCUCGUUUCCCCCACCCCCGGCCUCUGUCUCGUUCUUUUCCUACUGUCCUCGUUUACGUCUCUGUCCACAUGUCAGUGUGUUAAACCCCAGUGGGUUCCAUUUCUCCUUUUCCCUUCUGGAUUUUAAAUAAAUAUUUAAGACUGAGGCAAUGGAAAGACGUGUCUGUGGUUGUGUGCUCCUUGGUCGAGCUUGGAGGGAGUUGCUGGCAGCUUGGGGUGGAGAGAAGAUACUCAGAGGAUACCUGCAUAGGCCGGCACCGAUACCGCAGAUUCGGGAGGCUUAAAACAACAGGAAACGAGCCAGCCCUGUGGCACGAUGGUUAAGGCGCUGGAUCCCAC